AAUAACUCGAGCUAGCUGCCGAGCUAACAGACACAGUGUUUCCCGCUGUAAGAUAUCUGUUGCCUUUCUACUAUAUUUGCGCGAACAAAGACUGCACAUACCACACAUAAUGGACAGCGAAAUGUCUGACAUUGACCCUGCACCAGGCCCAGAGACCAGCAGUAUGGAGGGAGAAAACGCACCGCUGUACUGUAUCUGCCGGAAACCAGACAUCAACUGCUUCAUGAUUGGCUGUGACAACUGUAAUGAGUGGUUCCACGGGCACUGCAUUAACAUCACAGAGAAGACGGCGAAGGCAAUCCGAGAAUGGUACUGCAUGAGAUGCAGAGAUAUAAACCCCUCACUGGAAAUAAAGUAUAGAUCAAAGAAAAACCGAGAGAAGGAAUCUGAACCUGACAGAGCUGAAAGACAGUACAGCACUCCGAGUACACCAGACUAUAAGAGUGAAAGGCGGCGUGGAUCUAAAGUAAAGCGUUCAGUCCGAAUGUGUGGGGAAUGUGAGCCCUGCAGAAGGACUGAGGACUGUGCUCAGUGUGACUUCUGCAAAGACAUGAAGAAGUUUGGAGGCCCCAACAAAAUCAGACAGAAGUGCAGGUUUAGGCAAUGUGAGGUUCGAGCCAGGAAAAUGCUACGUGUGAAGGAUGAGGAACUCUCUUUGCAAGAAAGGAGGGACAAUUCUUACCACAGACGGAGACGGUAUUCUGAUGACUACGACAGCGAAGCGGAUCUCUACCAGCAGUACAAAGCAGCAGGACUUGACAGCAACAUGGCCUGGGCAAGUGAUGACGAUGAUGAGCCCAUUUUCAGUCCCGUCAUGCGCAAGAAGGCUGUGAAGGUGAAGCAUGUCAAGAGACGAGAAAAGAAGUUUGACAAGAAAAAGGAGUCACGGCGCCACAAACAGAAGCAGAAACACAAAGACAGAACCAGAUACAGUGAGAAGGGUGAACUCCGGGAUAACACAGGGCAGCGUCAGUGUCUGGGGCCAAGCUGUGUGCAGGCAGCGAGACCAAACUCCAAAUACUGUUCUGAGGACUGUGGCAUGAAGUUAGCUGCCAACCGGAUAUAUGAGAUCCUCCCUCAGCGUAUCCAGCAGUGGCAGCAGAGUCCCUGCAUUGCUGAGGAGCACGGUAAGAAGCACCUGGAGCGCAUUCGCCGGGAACAGCAGAACGCUCGGCUGCGCCUCACAGAGAUGGAGCGACGUUUCCACGAACUGGAAGGCAUCAUCGCCAAGGCCAAGCAGCAGGCGGUUCAGCAGGAUGAGGAGGUGAAUGAAGGUGAUAGCGAGGACACAGACCUGCAGAUUUUCUGCGUGUCUUGUAGUCAUCCCAUCAAUCCAAAAGUGGCACUGAGACAUAUGGAGAGAUGUUACGCAAAGUAUGAGAGUCAGACCUCCUUUGGUUCCAUGUACCCUACGAGAAUAGAAGGAGCAACCAGACUCUUCUGUGACGUGUACAAUCCCCAAAGCAAAACAUAUUGUAAGAGGCUUCAAGUUUUGUGUCCAGAACAUUCCAGAGAUCCUAAGGUCCCCGUGGAUGAGGUGUGUGGGUGUCCUCUGGUGAAGAACGUGUUUGAGCUGACAGGAGAAUACUGCAGGGUCUCCAAAAGGAAAUGCAACAAACACUACAACUGGGAAAAGCUAAGGAGAGCAGAGGUGGACUUGGAGAGAGUCAGAGUGUGGUACAAGUUGGACGAGCUCUUUGAACAGGAGCGUAAUGUUAGGACUGCUAUGACAAACAGAGCUGGUCUGCUCGCGCUGAUGUUGCACCAAACUAUUCAGCACGACCCCUUGACAACCGAUCUCCGAAGUAACAAGGAUAGGUAGUCGACCUAGUCUGCAUCAAUUUAUGGAUCUAUGGAUCACUGUACGAAACAGGAGAUUUGAGUGUUAAGGAUUUAAAUUUAUAGAACGACAACUACCAUUUGGAGAGAAACUGAUUUUCUAAAUAGAUAAUUAUUUUAAAAUCUUUGUAUGAUUAUUAACUUUAAGAUGUAAAUGGGUAUAUAUUUUUCCUGACUGGUAGAUGAAGUACGGCUUAUUGAAAACUGCUGUUUUUUUGUAUGAUUGCCCUGAAUAAACCAUCUGCUCCAG